AUGGAAAAAAAGUUGGAAAAGAUGGCGCAACAAUUACGAACACAAACGCGUCGAAAUAAAAUUCUAUUGUGGGGCAUCCCAAGUGUAGUCCUCGGUCGAUCAUUCCGGCGACUGGAUCCGUUGAAAUCUGAGCCGGUUCCGGUACAGCUCUUCUCGAUUCCGGCACAGUUUUCGCCGAUUCCAGCAGGUUCCGUGUCGCCGGAAUUGCACAGGAAAUAUCCGAUCAGUUCCUGGCCGUUUCCAGCUCGAAGAACACCAAAAACGCCACUAUCAUCAACUAAAUCUGGCUGGUCAUGGAUGUCAUUUGGUGGAAAUCAACAGACAAAACAAACAGUUAGUCCACCUAAUUCACCAUCAUCCAGUUUGGAUCUCAGCCAUAUAACAUCAAGAUUGAUGGUGAUGAAAACACCUCGAGAAACGCCAUCGAAUACAUCAUCUCGAUCAACAGCUGAUUUAGCACGUAAAUUAGUUGAUAAAAACUACCCGAACUCGGAUAAAUAA